AUUGAAUUAGAAAUAUAAGCAAUGGCAAUAGUUCAAUUUAACUAUUAAUACUAAACCCUUUUAAUAAAAAAAAAAUAAAUAGGUUGAUACCUAUUGAUAUUUACGAAAUUAUUAAUUAAUGCAAUUUAUAAAUGAAUUAAUAAUUUUUCACAAUUAAAAAUUUUUCAGUCAGAGAUAGGUAGGUGUUGUAUAUUAUUGUUGCAACAAAAUAUAUAUAAUUUGAUAUUGAAAUAUAGUGUUAUACGUAAAUACUUUUAUAAUAUAAUGAUAUUCGCUCUACAGAUCAGUGUGCGCUACUAAUUAUGUUCUUGACCAGAUGGCAAAAACGAUUAUACUUGAAAAAUUUGAACCAUUGGUCAUUGAGUCUUGGCCACUGUGAUUGUAUACGAGCUCAUUCAAAAAUAUCUCACGAGUCUGUGCUUCCGACUCAAGCACAAGUUGUGAUCUGCGGCACAGGAUUGGUGGCUAAUUCUUUGGCCUAUCAUUUAGUUGAAAAUGGAUGGUCAGAUAUUGUUCUUAUUGACCAAGGGACGUAUGUAUUAAAUGUUAUAUCUAGUAUUUAAGGAGAAAAUAGUUUUUUAUAAAAGAACAAUUUACUUAGGCCAUGUGGAGGAACAUCACAAUUUGGUUCAGGAACUCUGGGUUUAUUUAAACCAAUUGCUGAACGAAAUAUUGUUAUGUACAGUAUUAAAUUGUAUAGACAGCUAGAAGCUAAAGGCUUUGAUAUAGGUAUGUUGUGUGUAAUUAUUAAUUAGGUAUUAUUUAAUAUAAUGAAUAUUAAAAUAAAUUAUGCUUUUAGGUCUGAAACAAUGUGGAAGUUUAAAUUUAGCUCAAACUAAAGAUAGAAUGGUAGCAUUGAAACGAAGGAUUGCAUAUAAUGCACCGACUGGCUUACAUUGUGAAGUAACUAGAGUAAUAUUUAUUUUGAUUUUUAAUUUUAUGUCAACAAUUUUCAUUGAUAUUAGAUGCUAGGUAAAAGCGAUUUGAAAAAUCUGCAUCCCUUUUUAAAUACUGAUGACUUAGAAGGUGGAGUGUGGGUACCUGAAGAUGCAGUUGCAAACCCACAAGCUAUAUGUAAAUCAUUAGCUAAACUAGCUUCUGGAGGUGGUGCUCAUUAUGUUACUAAUUGCCACAUACAAAAAGUUGUUACUGAACAUGAACGAAUUAAAGGUGUACAAACUAGUCGAGGAUUCAUUUAUUGUGAAUAUUUUGUGAAUUGUGCAGGAAUGGUAAUAAUGAUUUUAUUAAUUUUUGAGUAAAAUAAUACCAUAUUUUACUAAUGUACUUUUUAUUCAAUUAUUGUAAAUUGAACCCAUGUUAAACAAUUUUUUGAUUAUAAAAUAUAACACUUUGUUUAUAUAAAAUACCUACAAUUGUCUUACAUGGUUAAGUUAAAAAUUCAACUUGUACGAAGUAGUACUAACCAAUUGAAAAUAUUUAUUUAAAUAAUUUACUUAUUAUUUUUUUUUAAUAUAUUGAUAAUAUUUUAUCAAUCAUAUUUAUUAAACUAAGGCUUUUCAAAAUAAUAUUGAACUAUGUAUUAUAGUGGGCAAGAGAAAUGGGAAAUUUGUGUUAUCCUAAAGUAAGAGUACCUGUAUAUCCCGCAGAACACUUUUAUGUUACAACUAGUCCAUUGCCUGGAAUCGGUGUUGAUUUACCUUAUAUUCGAGAUUUUGAUUCUCAUAUUUAUGCUAGAGAAUAUAAUUCAGGAUUCUUAGUUGGUGGAUUUGAAAAAAUUGCUAAACCUGCUUUCCUCAAUAUGAAAUUAAUACCAUCAGAUUGGAAAAAAGAUAUGCCUCAAGAUUGGAAACAUUUUAGUAAGUAAAUUGAAUCAGUAGAAUAAAAUAUCACUCUAAUUAAAAUAUAUAUUUCAGUGCCCUAUUGGGAAAAAGCUAUGUCUCGAAUUCCAAUUCUUAAAGAUGCUGUUUAUCCAACAUUAACUAACUCUCCAGACACGUUUACACCAAAUGGCAAGUGGAUUUUGGGAGAAACACCAGAAGUAAAGUACCUAUUGGCUAUAUUAUUCUAUAGCUUUAUAGAAUUAUAAAAAAGAACACUUAAAAUAAACCCAAAAACCACCAACAAUCCUAAAAAGAAUAUUGAAAAUAAAAACAAUACUGAAUUAUCAAAAAUUUUAACUUUUGAUAUUUUCCAAACAGAUAAAAUACAAUUAAAAUAAAAUAUAUACUUAUGACAAUAUGGUAUAACACAUGAUGAAACGCAAAAAGACUAAACAUACAGUAGCAUUUCUUAUCCAAGUUUUGUCGGUAGCAAUGUCAAUGAGUCAUCCUAUUAAUUCAAACAUAACAUAUUAUAUAAAAAUAAAUAUUGAAUUUUUAAAUACAUUUUUUAGAACGAAUCUUACAAAAAUAUUACUAAAAACAAAAAAAGGGCUUACACUGCUGAUUGAUUUGUCAUUGUUGUACUUAGGUGGGAAUUCGGAAAGGUAGGAUACAUUAAGUUAUUUAAUUUAUAUCUGUUAGUAAUGAUAAUUCAUUUCCAACAAAAAACGAGGUUAGCGAAUUUCAGGUUAUACAUGUUUUGUAAGGCCAUAGAUUUUUGAUUUUAACUCUAAAAAAAAAUUAAAAAUUGUAUCUCUUCAUUAAAUGCUAAUAUAAGUAUUCUUUGACAAUUUCAGCUAUUUAAGAUAAUUUUUAACCAAUAAACAAUAAAAAAACGAAAUGAAAAAGACGAAACCAGUAAUUCCAUAAACUUUCAAGUAUUUCCUAAGUUUUUUCCCAAUUAUUAUGUUAACUAAUUGAUAAAUCAAAAUUUAAACAUGUUCAUAUAGUUCAUAUAUAAUAAAUUAUAUACGCCCUUUAAGUUCAAAACUUCAACUCAAAAAUAAUGGCAUUUUAACAUUCAUAAGCUAUUUGUUUGUUUAUUUAAAUUAUCAAAACAAAACUGAGAAAUAAUGAGUGGUGUUAAAAAAAAUUAUUUGGUAUGGUCCAUGCUAUAGCAAAUGAUUUACCCAAGCUAAUAACUUGUCAUUAUUUAUAGUAAUUGGUGAUCGGAAACUUAACAUAUUAUUAUUAAUAUUUUAAAGGUUUUAUUUUAAUUUAUCUACUUUGUAAUUUAAUAAUUUUCUUCUAAUUUAAUUACAUGGUAUAUGAUAAUUAUGUGUUUAUUUUAUUUAUUUCUAUAGAUAGAUAACUACUUUGUAGCUGUUGGAAUGAAUGGGAAUCCAUUGCAAGGCGCCGGAGGAAUAGGAAAAGCAAUGGCUGAAUGGAUUAUGGAAGGAAAACCUACCCAAGAACAUUUGGCAUUUGAUGUACAGCGGUUUUUAGAUCUUCAUAAUAAUAGAAUGUAUUUACAAGAGCGUACAAAAGAAGUAGUUGGCAGGUAUUAUUUUUGUUUUCAUUUUAAAUAAUCAAGUCUGUUUUGGUGAAUUUUUUCAUUAUAUUAAAUAUUGCAUAAUAUGCUUCUUUACAAAAAAUUGCACAGUAUUAAAAUGAGUUUCAUUUAUUUAAAAAUUUUUUUUUUAAUAUUAUAAUGUUAUGUAUAGGUAUAAUAACACAUUUUGGAUUUUGAGGGGGAAAGAAAUAUAUUCUUAUGGAAAUAGUUAUGAUAUUAUUAAUCCUGAAUGUUCCGUUUAGUAAAAUUCUUUAAAAUGUUUCAUAUUUUCUCAAGAUAAUACAUUAUUGAACAAAAUGAAAGAUAUGGUAAAUUAUUGUUAACAAAAUACCUAAUAAAUUAAACACAAUUUUUUUACACAUCUUAAAGUUAAUAAUUUUGAUGUUUAUGCUGGAAUAAAAUAAAUUAAUAAAACAGAUAGCAUUAAUAGUUUUAAAUAUCACUAGUUAUAUUAUAAAUGGGCUAUAUUUUUUAUAACCAAUUUUAUUAUUUUUAUAUUAUUGUAAUUCUUAUCGAAACAGAGCACAAGCAAAGUUCUGUUUGUUAGAAAAUACCUUAAUCAACCUUUUUACAAUAAUAUAGCAAUUGAUUUAUUAAGAAUUAGAGCUAUAAAAUCUGAUAUUGUCUUUAAAACUUAAAUUACCUAUAUAAUACAUAUUUUAAUUGAUAUAUAAAAAUCGAUAGUUUUAAUUCCUAAUAGUAAAAUUAUUAAAUAAAAUAUAUUGAACCGUGAAAUAACCAAAAAAAAAAAAAAUGAUUACUUUAAAUUACUUAUUUAUUUAUUAAAAAUUUUUAGACAUUAUGCUAUACCAUAUCCUCAUCAAAAUGAAUAUAAGAAUGCUAGAAAGUUACGAUGUUCACCUUUAUUUAGUGUUCUGGAAAAAAGAGGAGCAAUUUUUGGUACUCGAAUGGGAUAUGAACGUCCACUGUAUUUUGAUACAACAUACAAUGGUAAAUAAAAAUAUAUUUAUGUGCAUAGACGUAACUAGGGGAUCUUUAGCACUCCCUAAAAACCCAAUCAGUGUUUUCAUACUGUAACGAGACUAAAUACUUUAUUUGUAUUAUAUUUCAUAAUUAAUGAGCAGAACAAAGUAUAGAUUUUCUACAGACAAUAAUGCAUGUGCAGUAUAUGAAAAAUAUUGUUAAUAUAGUUAUGAUAAAUUUGUAUGUACAAAAUUUUAAUUGGAAUGUGUAGAUAACUAUUAUAAGAACCAUGUGAAGGGGAUUCUGGGAGUAUGUGCUCCCAUCAUGGGAUAUUUGAUAUUUCCACAAUUUUAACAUCCUCAAAGUUAUUGAUCAAGUUACGCCUAUGUUUAUGUGAUAUUAGGUCAAAGUUAAGAAAUCAAAUAUAUUGUAGUUAUGAUGUUAGAGCAUAUUUGUCAUUCAUAACAAAUUCACAGUACAAUAUUUUUUAAUUAGGAAAAGGGCCACCUCCGGUAAUGCCACCAGGUACAUUUUAUAAACCAAAAUUUUUUGAUUUUAUGUUGGAAGAAUAUUAUGCUUGUAGAGAAACUGUAGGUAUAAUAGACAUGUCUUCGUUUUCCAAAAUGAAAAUUCAGGUAUUCACUCAUUAUUCUUUUUAGUUUUAAUUAUGUUUCUGUGUAUUAAUAUUUUAUUUUAAUUGCAUAUAUUCAUGUACAGGGGAAACAGGAUUUGAGUGAAGAAAAUGAGGUAACAUAUUAUUUUAUAUACUUGAUUCAUUAAUAAACAUUAAUUUAGGUUUGAUGUUAUUUUCAGUCUCAAUAUACUGGUGUAGUUGAAUGGUUACAAUGUUUGUGUACAAAUGAUGUAAAUAUUCCAGUAGGGGGGAUAGUUCAUACAGGCAUGUUGAAUGAGAGAGGUGGUUAUGAAAAUGACUGCCUUUUAGUACGUGAAAGAGAAAAUUGGUAAAACUUUUCUUAGUGGUCUCAAAAAUAAAUAUGAAUUAUUAUUAUUAUUGAAAGAAUCUACUAGUACAAAAAUGUUCUUUAAAUUAAAACAGUUAUUUGAUGGUAUCACCGACCAGUCAGCAAACUAGAGUAUUAGAUUGGCUCAAAGAUCAUUUGCCUAAAGAUGAGUCAAUUCAACUGGCAGACAUAACUUCAAUGUACACUGUCGUAAAUGUUAUUGGUCCUAAAGCUGGUGCCUUGAUGUCUGAAUUAUCACAAUCUGAUAUUGAAUUAAAUGUUCAACCUUUUACAUAUAAGGUAAUUAAAUGAACAGUUUAGUAAUUCAACUAGUCGUCAACCAUACAAUUUAUGCUUAUUUAUUGCAGACUGUUGACAUUGGUUAUGCUUCAGAUGUUAUGAUGAUGGCCUUUACACACACCGGUGAACCAGGAUUUUGUCUUUACAUCCCAUCGGAAUAUGCACUGCAUGUGUACGAUAGACUAAUUACAGUUGGAUUUGAUUAUGGAAUUAGAGAUGUCGGCAGUUUAACACAACGAUUUAUGAGGAUUGAGAAAUUUAUACCAUUUUGGGCAGAAGAUCUGACAAGAUUUACUACACCAUUUGAAGCAGGCUGUAACCAUCUAGUGAAACUUAAUGUAAACAAUUUGAUUCAUUUUAAAUUAUAAUUAUUUUCAAUAUUUAUUCUUUUUCUUUUCACAGAAAGAAUAUUUCACAGGAAAAUUUGCUUUGCAACAUCAAAAAGAUCAAGGAAUUACAAAAAAACUUGUUAUGUUUAUAUUAGAUGACUUGGAUCCUGAUAAGGAUUUAUGGGCAUGGGGAAUGGAACCAAUUUAUCGAAAUGGAAAGUUUGUUGGAACUGUAACAUCAGCUGGGUAAGUAAUAAGUAUUGAAACAUUAUCUCUUAAAGAAUCAAAACUUAGAAUUUCAAUUCAAUCAAGAAUAAAAAAAACCAUCAAUGAUUUUGUAUAAUAUAUACCGAAAUUCAAAACAUUUUUUUUUCAGUUAUGGUUUUACAAUGGAAAAAUUAAUAUGUUUGGGAUACGUUCGACUACCUUUUACAGAUAAUCGUAAUAGAAAUCAUACAGUCAUCACAAAUGACUACAUAUUAUCUCCAACAGCAAAGUAUGAAAUCGACAUAGCAGGAACUAAAUUUCUAGCAACUCCAAAAAUACAUGCACCUUUUGUGAGCAUAACUAUACCAAAAGUUUCUGAUGAAUCACGAUAUAUGCCAAAAGUGAUUUCUCAUAUAUCAAGUUACUAAAAUUAAUUAAGAAAAGAAUAUUACAUUUAUCGGAAUAAUGCUAAAAAUUAUAAGUUGCUCAUUAUUAUUCUUGCACUAAUUGUUGAUAACAUAAAUAUUAUGUAAACAUAUUACUACUUAGUCAAAUUAAAUGUAUUUUUGUUGUUUUUUGUCAUGUUAUAUUAAAGAAUUAAAAUGAUUUACAAAAUAAACAUUAAGUCUUAACUUUUUUUAUUAUAAAAGUCAAACAAUAUACAAAAUUUACUUCUUCUUUCCUUUACCCUUCUUUUUCUUUUCAGCUGCUUUUUUCGCAGCAUCAGGAUUUUCAGCUGCUUCUUUGGCCUUCUUUUCUUUGAUACCUACCAGUUUGGCUUCAAGCCUUGCCUG